AUGUCGGCUGGACAGGGCAGCAAAGACGCCGCGGCGUGCUCGUCAUCGUUGCUACUUCCUAUUGAGAAUAUAUGGCUGCAUAACACGGGAGCUAAAUUGCGUGUGCGCCAGACACCAUGGGAGGGAUUCCAGCGUGCGGAUCUCAUCAAAGCCGAUGACAUGCCGAUGCUGCGUGACGCCGAGCGGGCCGGUCAACAGGGCGACGUGAGUAAUGUUGUUGCCAGGGGUUCCGACUAUGCGCGCCUUUAUAUUCAGCUGCUCACGAAGCUGAGCCGCGCCGACACCAUCCAAUCCGUGGUGCUCCUGAUCGAUGACUUGUUGCAGGCGGCGCCUGAGCAUGUCAUGUGGUUCCUUGAUGCCGAGCCGUACCCAGCCCUUGUCAAGGUCCUCGAGGUGGACGACAUUUUCCUGUCGCUCAAGGCUGCGCAGUUUCUCACACUAUGCCUGUGUACCCAGGCCGACCGAGUCUCUUCGUACGGCGCUCCGCCGGCGGACGUCGUGGACAAACUGCUCCAGCACAUCAAGCAUAAGCUCGCUGAGGCAGCAUCAGAGGCACAAGAUGGGGCGGAGGGUAAUGUCGCGCCCGUCCUGCUCUGCAUCGUCGAUGAGUUACUGCGCUCUGCGUACUUCCGCCGACUCAUUUGGACGAGGGAUACAGCAGCCCAGAAUGAACACGCCCUGCUUCCCAAAGUAAUUGAUGUGCUGCGCAUGUCCAUGACGUCAAACACACCCUCUUCAAAAGCAACGGGCAAUACGGGCGUGCCGCAGCUGCACUACUUGGCCCUCUUCGGUUUGUGGGAGUUGACGUUUUAUCCCACGGCCGCCAAGGAGCUCGACCUACGCUUCGCUGUGGCACCUGUGCUUGUGCAUGUGGCGCGCAAAGCUUUGAAGCACAAGGUUGUUCGUCUUACCGUGUCGAUCUGGCGCAAUAUGCUCGCAGCUGCCGAGGACGCGAAUGCGACCCGCCUGUUGGGCGCACAGGUCUUGCCCCUAUGUGAAACGCUGGAAGAGCGGCGGUACCCGGACGCAGAACUGCAAGACGAUCUGGCCUACGUGAAGAGUAUCUUGUCGAUGCGUCUCGAACAGAUGAGCUCGUACGAGCAGUACAAGUCGGAACUGUACAGUGGCCAACUGAGCUUUGAUAAUCCGGCGCAUAUGCUGGAAGACUUUUGGAAAGAAAAUGCCGAGAAACUCACGGAACAUAACAAUGCGGACCUCGUGCAGCUUGUGUCAUUGCUCCAGAGGAAAGAUGCCGAUGCCUCAACAUUGGCCGUGGCCUGCUCUGAUAUGGGCAAGUUUGUGCACCAUAUGGAAGGUGGGCGUCGUCGGGCCGAUGCUCUUGGUGCCAAGACUGCGAUCAUGCAGCUCGUCGAGCAUGCCGACGAUAACGUCAAAUACUACGCGCUCCAAGCACUCGCCGUGCUCGUAUCCACUAGUUGGCGAUAG